CUCUUUGUCUUUCAGAAAUGUAGAUGGCAGCUGCUGUCUUUGAAGGACUUGCACCCAUCUGACCCUGCGCAGCACCUCCGAUUGCUACCAUGAUCUUCUGCAUGCUACUGUUGGCAUCACUGCCUGAGCCAUCUGGCACCGAAGUCAACCCUGCUAUAUGCCGUUACCCUUUGGGUAUGCACGAAGGGACAAUACGGGAUGAAGACAUCACUGCUUCCAGCCAGUGGUAUGAUUCCACAGGACCCCAGUAUGCACGGUUACAAAGGGAAGAGGGGGAUGGAGCCUGGUGCCCGGCUGGCCUGUUGCAACCAAAAGACGUACAGUUCCUUCAAAUUGACCUGCACAAGCUCUUUUUCAUCACCUUGAUUGGGACUCAGGGACGGCAUGCCCGUGCCACCGGCAAAGAAUUUGCCCGUGCUUACCGAAUCGACUACAGCCGCAAUGGAGAGCGCUGGAUCUCCUGGAAAGAUCGUCAGGGCAGGAAGGUGAUCCAAGGCAACAUUGAUACUUACGAUGUGGUCUUGAAAGAUCUUCGGCCUCCCAUCAUUGCACGUUUUAUCCGGGUGAUUCCUGUGACCGAGAUGCCAAUGACUGUCUGUAUGAGGGUGGAGCUUUAUGGCUGUGUCUGGUAUGAUGGUUUGGCAUCCUAUAGCAUCCCUGAAGGAGGGACAAUAGCGGCUCCUGGCUUCCCCAUCGUUUAUCUGAAUGACUCGACCUAUGAUGGCUACCAGGAGCGCAGGCACCUGUACGGUGGUCUGGGCCAGCUGACGGACGGCGUGCUGGGACUGGAUGACUUCACACAGAGCCACCAGUACCGUGUGUGGCCAGGCUACGACUACGUUGGCUGGAAGAACGAGAGCUUCAGCACAGGCUCUGUUGAAAUGGAGUUCCAGUUUGACCGACCGCGGAACUUCACCUCCAUGAAGGUGCAUUGUAACAACAUGUUUUCCAAGGGGGUGAAGAUCUUCCAGAAGGUGGAGUGUCUGUUCAAACCACGCCUGAUUGCAGACUGGGAGCCUGAACCUGUCGGAGUGGCAACUGUCUUAGAUGACAAAAACCCCAGCGCUAGGUUUGUGACUGUCCCCCUCAACCAGCGUGUGGGUAAAGCCAUACUUUGCCGCUUCUACUUUGCAGACACCUGGAUGAUGAUGAGCGAGAUUUCCUUCCAGUCAGACAUGGAGAGCGUGAAUCCUAAUUUUGUUACGGUGGCCACAAGCACAACGGAUCUCCUGGAAACAGAGUGCAACGUUACUGAGGGGACCUGGGAAACCACGUCUUCUGUAACCAGCACCUGGAUAGGAGAGAAAGCAGAUGACUCCAACACCUCUAUCCUCGUGGGCUGCCUUGUGGCUAUUAUUCUUCUGCUCCUGAUGAUUAUAAUCAUUAUUCUUUGGAAGCAGUAUGUUCAAAAAAGGUUGGAAAAGGCCCCACGUCGAAUCCUGGAGGAGGAUGCCACAGUUCGUCUCUCUUUCUACAGCUACACCAUUGCCAACAACCAGACCCAGAUCCACCAGUCAAAUCCCACCUAUGAACGUGCUUUUCCACUGGAUUUGGAAUAUCACCAGCCAGCUACGCUGCUCCAAAAGCUUCCAGAGCUCUCCCAAAGUGCCGAGGAUUCAGUGUGCAGUGGGGACUAUGCUGAGCCUGACCUGACCAAGUCCACUCCCCACCAAGGCUUUCAGAACAACGUUCCUCACUAUGCCGAAACGGAUAUCGUCCACUUGCAAGGUGUGACCGGCAACAACAUGUAUGCAGUCCCAGCCCUCACUGUGGAUUCACUUACCAAGAAGGACAUCUCGGUGGGUGAAUUCCCACGGCAUCAGCUACGACUCAAGGAGAAGCUGGGAGAAGGACAGUUUGGAGAGGUGCACCUCUGCGAAGCCGAUGGCCUGCUGGAAUUCCUGGGAGUCUCGUCUUCAGAAUUCACUCACCAGCCGGUUCUCGUAGCGGUGAAAAUGCUGAGAUCAGAUGUCAACAAAACAGCCAGAAAUGAUUUCCUGAAGGAGAUCAAGAUCAUGUCCCGGCUGAAGAACCCGAACAUCAUCCGGCUCCUGGGGGUGUGUGUGCGUGACGACCCGCUGUGCAUGAUAACAGAGUACAUGGAGAACGGAGACCUCAAUCAGUUCCUGUCGCAGAGGGAGAUCUACAGCAAAUUUGCCAUUUCAAACAAUAUUCCCUGUGUCAGCUACUCUAACCUGCUGUACAUGGCCACCCAGAUUGCCUCUGGAAUGAAAUAUUUAGCAUCUCUGAAUUUUGUGCACAGAGAUCUGGCAACUCGCAACUGCCUGGUGGGCAACAACUACACCAUCAAGAUUGCGGACUUCGGCAUGAGCAGGAAUCUUUACAGCGGGGAUUACUACCGGAUCCAGGGAAGAGCCGUCCUGCCCAUACGCUGGAUGGCCUGGGAAAGCAUCCUCCUGGGCAAGUUCACCACAGCCAGUGAUGUCUGGGCAUUUGGGGUCACCCUCUGGGAGAUGUUCGUACUGUGUAAGGAGCAACCGUACAGCCUCCUCUCCGAUGAGCAAGUCAUUGAGAACACAGGAGAAUUCUUCCGGAGCCAGGGCAGGCAGAUCUAUCUCUCCCAGACUCCUCUGUGUCCUAACCCUGUGUUUGACCUGAUGCUGAAAUGUUGGAGCAGGGAUAUAAAAGAUCGUCCCACUUUUGACAUGAUUCACCACUUCCUGCUAGAACAAAUGGAAUCAAACAUUUGACUCCAGAGAAAGAGACAGACUGUUGAGAACAGAGUGACUUUGGUGUCUCUUUGCCUGUACCUCACGGGAAGAUGGUCAGGCUACCUUGCUCUCCUCCCUUGACUGUUCCAUAUUUAAGUUGAGAUGUCCAUGGCAGCUGCUCAUUCUAUUGGCCAUGGUCUGACACACAGGACCAGAGGAUCUCAUUUGGUUGAAAAAUCAUCUCCUCUUCGGAAUCACUUCCUGGGAAUACUGUGAGAGGGGUUUUAUUACAUACCCGUACACCUUUGGGCUAAAC